AUGACAGAGGCAUUCGCUGAGUCUCCUCCAGAAUCGAAGGCCAGGGAGUGUUGGUUUGCGACUGAAGCGGCUUACGCCCAACUUGGUUCUAGGUAUGAUUCCGAAUUGAUGAAAUACAGGAGACAAAAUGCGGACCGUUUACGGCAACGGUCCAGAAAAACAGGAAUGCUAUUUGUGGAUCCAGAGUUCCCGGCAGUCCGGAGUAGUCUCACGGCUGAGACCAACAAUAUCAGACAUCUCGAAAUAGUAUGGCAACGUCCUUCCGAUUUGGUCAGCAAUCCGUGUUUCGUAGCUGCAAACGGUCCAGCAGCUUGUCGGCAGGGCCGUCUUGGAAAUUGUUGGUUCGUUGCAGCCUGCGCCUGUCUUUCGUUACACAAAGGCGUAUUUCAGAAAGUUGUCAUUUGUACACCACCACUGAACUCCUGGGAUGCAUACUGUGGCGUGUUUGAGUUUCGGUUUUGGCGUUUCGGUACUUGGGUCCAUGUGAUUGUGGAUGAUCUUCUGCCAACAGUGAAUGGCGAACUAUUGUAUUGCAGCUCGUAUAACUCCGACGAGUUUUGGUGUUCGCUUCUGGAAAAAGCUUACGCCAAACUUUUAGGCAGUUACGAAGCGCUAGAAGGCGGCGAACUAGCCGAUGCUCUCAUUGAUUUUACCGGUGGUUUAACGGAAUGUCUCGAAUUCAACCAGACUGGAACAGAUCUUCGGUUGUGUGUGACACCAGACCUCCCACCGUCUCUGAACGUACCUCUCGAUGAAUCGAAACUCGCUGUAUCUCUUUCUUGUUGUGGUGUUUCUCGUCAAAGUGCCACUCUACUACAUCCUGUUCCGGUUUGGAAGAAUAAAACCUUGUGUGAAUAUAUCUAUAAACUGUUAUUGAGGAACCAGCUGACCAAGACACUAAUUGCGUCGGCCAUCUCGACAGACGACCCUGAUGGGUGUGAACGAGAGACUGAAUUGGGAUUGAUCGUUGGGCAUGCUUAUGCGGUCACCCGACUGUGUGCUGUGCCGACCAAACGAAGUGCAGAUUCAGGAUCUUCCAACGAUGACUCACUUGUACGUUUGGUCCGACUAAUGAAUCCAUGGGGACACGGAACUGCGGAAAACGGAGAAUUCUGGAUGCGGUUUGAAGACUUCCUAAGACAAUUCAACUAUGUUGUUCUUUGCUACACGCCGAUGGGUAACGGCAGCCUCUCUGGGGACAGCAAGGCCUGGUUUCAGUUCAUUCCUCCAAUAAGAAUGGCUCCACCCGACGUCGUUUGUCAUGCACGUGAUGGUCGUUUGGUGGUGGUUCCUUCGGAAUAUGGUCAUUCUCUUGACAGCGAUCGUCCUUCCCCUCUUCGACUGAGAGAACUAUGGACAGAUUUUACCAUCCACAGUUGCUGGACCAAUGAAAUGAGUGGUGGUUGUUUAAACUGUGACGAUACCUUCGUUAAUAAUCCUCAGUUCGCAUUGGAUGUUCCUCGUCGACCCUCUACUUCCUUGGUCAUAUAUCUCUUUCAAAAGACGGAAAGAAGCCCGGAGCGGCUAGCAUCCACAACCGGGCUAUAUCAUAUUGGAAUGAGUGUAUUCCGUGUCGAGGCUAACCGAACUGUUCCAAUCCGAUCGCUGAACGAACCUGUACAUCUUGUCAUCAACUCUGUUUAUCGGAACAGUCGUGUUGUUUGGUUGCGCUUGAACCGCUUGCCCUACGGUCGUUACUUUGUGAUACCGACUACAUUCUAUCCGAACUGCUUGGCCGAGUUCAUGGUCCGACUGGUUGGUUCUCCUCCACUACUAUUUUUUGAAGUGGAACGCACUGCGCCGUGUCUCGCUUCGCCUCCUAUCCACAGAUCCAAGUCCGUUUUGUUGCGUCGUUCUUACGGAAAGAAGAUCAAAGAUAGUGGAGGUUGUUUUCGGCACUGGAUAACUACCCGGCAGGCCGUGUCCCCACUCAAAGAGGACAUGUCCGAUUUUUUUGGCAGAGUUCUACUACCACCACCGAGUGAAAAUUUGAGGCUAACUAUCCUUCAGUCUGUUAUCUGGCCUCCAUCAACCUCGUUUCUGGCACGGGUCCUUGAGAGACAGUUCGAGCGGAUUGAUGAACGGUCACUUCCGCCGUAUUACGCCCACGUGUCAGUUAACGAUCAACAAGCCAGUACGGGUCUAUACAAUCUCCAGUUACUCAAAGAAGGAGGUGGGCCGGGUAGCACCGGUUUGAUUCAAUUCAGAGAAAGCUUUUUGUUCCCGAAGAACAAUAAAACAGGCCUUUCGUUUCGCUUCCAGCUACGAAUACACCAUCCAGUUUUUGAUGAGGUACACAGCGAAUACACUGGAAUAUUGGAUAGCAGUCCAGGCUCAGACAAGUCACAGCCAAUAAUAAGACACGUCCCAUUGUUUGGUCGAUUGGGGCCAAACAAAUCUCACCGUCAAACAACCAACUACAGAGAAAGGGAACACCAAAUUUGUCGAAUAGUGUCAGAUCCGGUAUCUUCUUCGACCGUCGACUCAGUGUGUUUGCCUGCCGUCACGAAACGUCAACGUGCUCAGAACUAUCGCGCAGCAUUUCAGCAAAGUGAACUCUUGCUGCUUGACGCUGGAUGUAGUAAAUUACUCCCGUUAACUUCACAGACACGUGAAUAUUUCUCAGACAAUAGAUGUGGCUUUUUAACAUUGUCGCUUGAAUGCUGACAAUACGUCGAUAGCUGCGUUACAUCUCCCUGUCACUACCGUACGUACCCCAAAGACGUACUUUAACAAAAUAAACCUAAUUUGCUCUCUUGGAG